AUGGGAGCUGAAAAUUACUCUGUAAAAAAUGUAGACAGCUUUAUAAUCACUGGAUUUGAUCACCUCCAGAAUCAAAAGCUCCUCGGAUUCCUCAUCUUAUUAACCUACAUGCUCAUACUGCUUGGGAAUGGCAUUAAUCUGUGUAUCAUCUCAACUAACGGGCAUUUACACAAACCAAUGUACAUAUUAAUCUGCAAUCUAGCUGUUGUUGACAUAAUGUUCUCUUCUACCUGCAGCACAACCAUGAUCUCAGUGCUGCUGGCUGAGAUUAAAACUGUUUCAUAUUAUUCUUGUAUCUCAAGAACAUACUUUUAUCAUCUCGGUGAUUUUACAGAGUGCAUGGCUCUGACAUUAAUGGCAAUAGACAGACUUAUUGCAAUUAGACUUCCUUUAAGAUACCACAGCAUUGUAACAAAUUCACGAACAUUUCUUUUCAUUUUUCUAACCUGGCUUGCUAGCUUUGCUGUUAUAGGUUUUGUGAUAUCAAAAGCAGACAGUGCACCAUACUGUCAGCCUGUCAUCAGAUAUGUGUUCUGUAAUUAUGCUUCCUUGAUCAGAGCUGCUUGUGUUAAUCCUGAACCUUAUUUUUUCAUAACUACAAUUAUAAGUUUGGGGCCAAUAUGUGGACAGUUUCCCUUUAUUCUGUGUACCUAUGCUGUCCUGGCUUACAGCGUUACUAGACUCUCCAACAGCUCAAGCAAAAAGCAAAUGAUCAGCACCUGCUCCAGUCAUCUCAUUGUCUUGUUUAGUUAUUAUGCACCAAAGCUGGUCUCUAUUUUACUAACUCGAAUAGGAGUUGAGCUAAAUUUAACAGAAAGGAAUGCUGUUCUUAUUGUAGCCUCUCUAGUUUCUCCUUUAAUAAACCCCACUAUUUAUUGCACCAGAACGAAAGAGAUCAGGAAACUAUUAGCAGAUAUAUUUUUGCACACAAAAAAUUGUACCAAAUUAAAUCAAAUCAAGUCAGUUUCAAUAGCUUUAUCAUCUUAA